AUGAAGACCUGGGUCUUCUUCCUCGCAGCGUUCGCAGCUGUCGCCAACGCCACUUCCGUCAACUUGAAUCACGAGCGCGAAGCCAGCAUUAACACACCCAUUGAGGGACUGGAGAAGCGCUGUCGGGGCUCCCGUGCACUACCGGCUCUGAUUGCUGCAGUAGCGCUUGCCGUAAGCUCACCGGGCGCUGCCUUGGUCCUUAAGUUGAAGCCUAGGUUGUUUAGAGUGAAGAGCUCGACACGGACUGAGCUUGUUGCAUUGACCUUAUGGGCUAUCUUUGGUUAUUAUUAUGUGGUGGUGCUCGGAUAA